AUGGUCGAGAAGCUCUACGUCACCUACAACGAUGUGCACAAGAUGUGCCAGAAGUCUGCUGAGAAGCUUCUCCUCGACUUCCAGCCCCAACUUCUGAUCGCCAUCGGCGGUGGUGGUUACGUCCCUGCUCGAAUCCUCCGAUCUUUCCUCAAGAAGGGCGGCGCUCCCAACAUUCCCAUCCAGGCCAUCGGUCUCUCCCUCUACGAGUCUCUCGGCAACGAUGAAGUCGAGGCCCCCGGUACCAAGGUCACCCGAACACAGUGGCUGGACCUCACUGCUCUCGGCGAGAUGCAGAACCUCGUCGGAAAGCGAAUUCUGAUCGUUGACGAGGUCGACGACACCCGAACAACUCUUGAGUAUGCCGUCAGGGAGCUCGAGAAGGACGUUGAGACCGCCCGCCAGAAGAUGGGUGGCACUGCCCCCAAGACUGAGUUCAGCAUCUUUGUCCUCCACAACAAGGACAAGCCCAAGAAGGGAACGCUCCCCGGCGAGAUGCUCGCCACCCGUUACUCCGCUGCCGAGACCGUCGGUGAUGUCUGGAUCAACUACCCCUGGGAGGCCAUCGAUAUCGACGAGCAUGACCGAAACGCUAGCCUGCAGACCAAGAGCAACUAA